CAGACGGGCCACACAAAGCCCAAGAGGACACCCCCACGAUCCGUAGCCUUUUGGCUCAAGCCACUGUGACUCAAGGGCGCCCGUGCUUCUGGGGACCGCGCGGCGGGCCGCGCCGCGGGCCGCCGGGACGCGAUGGAGGCCGCCGCCGUGAACUACUCGGACGAGGAGCCGGGGGGGAUCCGCCGCAAGGUGUUUUUUCUCACGACCGCCCUUUGGUUCCUGCUGUGCGGGUGUGUGCUGGUCCUCCGCGCGGCGAGCCUCGCGAGGCACAGGUCGCCCGGGCGCUCGGUGGCCUCGCUCUCCGAGGGCCUCGCGGCGCUGUGGAGGCGUGCGGGCCCGUGGCUCUUCGUGGGCGCGGCGGACGGCCCCUCCGCGAAGCAGGUGGAGUGGGAGCUGCAGAAGAGGCGCCUGGUCCGCGCCCACGCCUCGGUUCCAUACGCCACCGUGGCCGUUGCGAUUGUUUUGGUGAUGGCGCUACAAAGGGCCACCAGGCCGGUCCCGCGCAGGAACUCCGCCACGCAGGACGUCUGCCUGAUGGUGGUCUGCUUCACGAUUCUUGGCAUGUGGGCCUUUCCUCGAAUCGUGACGUUAAGGAGCUUGGACAUGUUUUCUUCUAUUAUUGUUGCCGGUGUCGCAGUGGGGCAUUCUCCAGUUGGACAGUCAGCAACAGAGGCCUCCAUUUAUACUCUGCUACCUUUUGCUGCCACGAUGCUCGCGUGCUUGCUGAAUAUGAACAUCCGACUAAACAUCGUAUGGCUUUGCGUCACGACCAUCUCGGUAUGCAGUUCGAUCAUGUCCGGCUCCGACGAAGAUUGUCUACCAGCACGCAUGGACAGGAUUUCUCAUAUACUUGCAGCAGUUGCCAUCUUCGCAAUGUUGGUUGUGUUCUUACACAUUUCAGCCUCAUUGGUUGCGCAGUACGAGAAUGAAGCUCACACUUCGAGGAACGAGCUCAAGGCUGCGCGCUCGGUACUCCGCUGCGUUUGUGACGCUGUCGUGGAGCUCGACAGCGAUUUCCGAUUGCAGGACGGCUCCCCCGAGCUUGUAGACAUGCUAUUAUUGAACCCACAGCGCCCUAUCUUGGGUGAGUAUUUAACAUCCCACCUGGCGACCGACCAGGAUCGCCAGAAGUUUUCUGAGCAGAUGGCUCGGGCUUGGCUGCUGAGCGAGGACGCGGUGAGUCUUAGCGCAGCAUUCCACGUGGCCAUGAAAGACUCGUCCAGCAUACCUCUCGACGUUGAGAUGUUCUGCAUGCGAUUCGUGAAUCGAGAAGGGCACCCGGCGUACUUCGUCGGCAUUCGCGAGUUCACAGACACAUGCCCUAUGCUGCGGGAAGACACGACAAGGAUGCGGCACGGUGGCAGACUUGGCAGAUUGCAGCGCGCGUCUUCGGCAGAUUCGGGCGGUUCCGUCCCUGCCAUGGGCGGUUCCGUCCCUUCCAGCCAGGGAUCUUCUGUGAACUCAGAAGAUGCUUCGUUGGAUUCGGACGGCCUGAGCAAAGAGGAUCCCAUGGUGUGGGUCGACGUCUUGUCUCCGAAUUGUACUGUGCAGCACGAGACCUCCACAUUCGCGCAGCAUGUGGACUCAAGGGAGGGGUUCCUGAACGCGAUGCGGCCGUCCCAGCGGCACGGUUUCAUCGACUGGGCGCAGGCGUCGUGGUGCAUGCUCCUGGAGGACGGCCCCGGCCCCGCCCAGCUGCAGUACCCGACACGGAUCCACUUCAAGCCCUCCACGGACCAGAGUGGGCUGGCGCGCAGGAUGCAGACGAGGCAGGGGCUCUCGGCCCUCCUGGGCCUCGACCUGGCGCCGCCGCCCGACGGGCGGCCCCGCGGCCGCGGGGUCGUGCGCGUCGUCCUCCGGGAGGCCGAGCUCGGCGGGGCGGCGGCAGGCGCCUCGCGGAGGCGGCCGCGCCGCUCGAGCGGCACACCGCAGGCCAUCGCCGAGGCCGCGAGCGGGCGGCUGGAGCCUCCGCGGGCGGCGCGCGAGCUUCCGAGGCCGGCCGCGGCCGGCGGCACGCUGCUCGAGGAGCGGCCGGAGGCGGGCAGAUGCGGCAGCGAGCCGCGCCCGCCUGGGCACUGGCCCGUGGCCCUCUAGGGGCGAGGCGGGGGCAGUUGCCGCAGCCUCUUGGGCCGACCUUUCCCAGGCACUGGGGAGUGGCGACGCUGACGCCCAAGGGCGGGGCGCGCGGGCGCGGGAGGCGACACGGUGCACAUCCUCUCGCUGGCGGCACAGACGAGCUACUAGACUUCCCAAGAGAGCCCCCAGG